GACGGCCCCUGCGGCCGUUGCGGCUCGGGCCGCUCUGGCUCCAGGCUGGUUCCAGGCCGCCGCCGGCAGAACAGGCUCCGGCCUUGGCCCGGCUGCCCCCUCCCCCAUGUGCACCGCUGGAGUGGCCCAAUGAGUGCUCCCGCUGACGCUGGCCCAGCCGGCCUGGACCCAGACUGCAUCACCACGCCCUCGCCCUGGACCCUGGCGGCCGGCUCCCCGACGAGCACGUGGGCUUCGAGUGCGAGGUGGUCCCUCCCUACGGGCGGUGCUCGGCGACGCGGCGGUGGAUCGAGGUGCACCCCGACCACGAGCACGCGGGCUGCCUCAUGGACCUCGCGAGGCAGGAGGUCAAGGUCUUCUGGCACGAUGGCCGCGACGACGACCUGCUGCAGUCGGUGGACCUGAUGCGGGAGUGCGCGAGCAGGGGCGGGCGCUUGUUCUGGCUCGUCACCUUCAUGAUCAAGGCCUGGACCGUGGGCAGGGUCCUCCCCGGCGACGUGGAGAAGGUGGACCUGGCCUGCGUCCCGGCCUCCUGCGGCAGGGACGCUGUGGCCGCCUGGGUCUCCGGCGUCGCCCAGAUCCAGGAGGGGGGAGCGCUCACAUCCGUGCGAAACUUGGCCAACCGCGGCCAGCUCGCAGGCGCGUGCCGCCGCGGCUAUCUGCGGAUGCCCUGGCGCGGCGCCUGGGCCGUGACCAACCACAAGGUGCGGGCCAUGUUCGGCCGCACGGCGCGGAAGCUCUACCGGGUGAUGUACGUCAGCAAGAGCACCGGGGAGGCCUUCACUCAGGGCGUGCUCGUCGACGAGCAGCGCCUGCCAGAUGCCCUGCCCGCGCCGCUCGGCGGCGGGCGCCGCUGGGGGGAGCCGGCAGCUGGCCGGCCCGCGGCGGACGGCGCCGAGGCGGCGGCCCCCAGCGUCGCCGUGCUGUUCGCGGGGUCCUGGCGGUUCAGCCGGCGGGGGGGGCAGCAUCCGCCGCCACCUGGUCGACGCGCUCGGGGCGGACGUCUUCGCAGUCGUGAGCGGCGGCCCGCGCCACCAAGACUCCCUGGGCCUCGCGGAGGAGGCGGAGUUGCGGGAGGCCUUGGGCCCCGCGCUGAGAGGCUUCCGCUGGACGUCGGACGCCAGCGAGCCCCACCUGAGGCGGCACCUCGCCGCGUCCGACAGGCUGGACGUCUACGCCGCCCUGGGCGGCUGGGCCCUCACCACCAUCGUCCAUCAGCAGCUACGUCGGCGGGGCGCUGCACGCGCUCAGGAAGCUGCGGGCCGCCCUGCGGCUCGCCGAGCGGCACGAGGUGGCCCGGGGCAGCAGCUACGGCUGGCUCGUCUUCAGCCGCACGGACCUGAUCUGGGACGCCGACCACCCACCAAUCGGGCUGCUCGCUCCAGAGGCCGUCUGGACCAUGGGCAACCCGUUCAAGACUGGGGAUUGGCACGCGGUGGUGCCACGCCCGCUCGCGCCGGCCUACUUUGAGCGGUGGAGCUUGCUGAGGAACGGCACGGCGCCCAUCGUGCCGAACCACAACCCUAUCGGCCUGGCCCUGAGCACCCUGCACGCCUACGGCGUGGAGGUGGCCUGCUUCCCCCAGGUGGCCAGCCUGCAGGGCUGCGUCGACUGGGACUGCUACGGCAACGCGGGCCCAGGGGAGCGCUCGGGUCUCUGGCGGCACCGCGCGGAGCGCUCGCUGGUGGCCCGCAUCGCCCCAGGCCUCCGCCUUGGCCGGCUGGCGUGGGCACGGGCGCCGCCAGACAAGCGUUCGAGGGCGGCACGGCUAAGCGGGCGGAUCCGGGGCGUGCUGGCAGAGUGCACCACCAGGCUGACGCUGCACGCCGUGCGGAGGGCAGGGAACGCCAGCAUCGCAAAAGUUCGCCGCUCCCUC